ACAAACCUACGUAUAUACGGAGUAUAUAUGUAUAUAUACUACUCAACUACUCUAUUAUAAUCCUAGAAAAUUUUAAGUACCUCUAAAGGGUUAACUCAAAGUUGAGUUGGUUGAAUAUAUACAAAUUAAGGGUGGUUUGCCGAAGGUAUUGCCGGAAUUGUUUUAGAGUAUCUCACUAACGUCAUAGCAAUUCGAUUCAACGUUAAGGUACACAAACAGAAUAGUGACCGAACCGGAGAACAAUGCUAGGGCGAUGGAAGGAUGGACGAGAUGACAUAAAGAAAGAUAAUAACAAUAAAGAUGUUAUUUUGAAAUAUAUAUUUUGUACGAAUAUGUUAAGCUUCCGCAUGUAUAAUAGUUACUAUGAUAUUAUCAAUAAAUAAAUAAGUUUUGUUUAAUGCUCCAUCUACCGAUUCAAAAAGUUAGAGCCGUUAACACCACGAGUCGGAUAUUCAAAUAAAUUCGGCAUAUCCGAACCGAACUACAAAAAGUGGAGUAAACUUUUUCGUUUACUUGCUCUUCGCUUCAAUCUCAUGGGAUUUCUCGACGGCACCACUAUUGCCGCCUCCUCCAACGACACUGAAUGGCUCCAGUUUGAUGCCCUCCUUCAAGGGUGGAUUCUCUCCACCGUCACGGACGAGGUUUCAGAUCUUGUUCUCGCCAACAGCCCCUCCGCUCAUUCUCUCUGGACAGCGAUCUACAAGUUGUUUCAUGAUAACAAACAUGCUCGGGCGAUGCAAUUAGAGCAUCGUUUCCGCACAACCGUCAAGGGCAACCGGACGAUCAAUGAAUAUUGUCACCUCCUCAAAAAUCUUGCCGACUAUCUUGAUGAUGUGGAUGCUCCGGUGACCGAACAUGCUUUGGUUUUACAGGUUCUUCAGGGGUUGCCGCAAGACAUACGAGGCCAGACGCCACCCAUGGCGCCGGCUCGUCGACGGCACUCCUCAUCGCUGGCAGUGGCAGCGGGUCUCCAGCGGCGGGCGGACAGUAGCGGCAGACAGGGGGUCCUGGGCGCGGCUAUGGCAGUCAAUCUCGACCCUUCAACAGUGGAAACCGCGGACGGGGACGUGGCCGUGGUCGUGGCAGCUCGAAUCAACGACAAUCCAUUGUCCCCAGAAGGAGAUAAUGGACUCGUCUUGUACCCGAAGUACUUGAAGUCCUAGUUAAACAAAGAGUAAAAGAAAAGUUGAUUUUCUUGAUACUACAGUUUUAUACAAUAAUAUGUUUAUAUUAUCAAAGUAAAGAAUUUCGAGAAAAGUAUAUGUUCACGCUAUUACAUUUUGUACCUAUUGUUAUAAUUGGUACCACUCAGCUUUUGCUGAUCGGGUUGGCUCCAUUUUUUUUAGGUACACAAACAGAAUAGUGACCGAACCGGAGAACAAAGCUAGGGCGAUGGAAGGAUGGACGAGAUGACAUAAAGAAAGAUAAUAACAAUAAAGAUGUUAUUUUGAAAUAUAUAUUUUGUACGAAU